AUGUUUUCCGUUAACCAGGGAUACCGUUGGGAACCGGUCACAAAAUCUUGUUACCCGCCGGACAUUUGUGCCGAGAACGCGCUCUAUGUGAAAAAGAACAAUUUGCCCGAAAGUGCAUUACUGUGCUCGCCUGAGGGCACCCUGAAAUGCAUAUCGGAUCCAAAACACGUGGCAUCCAUGCACGAAACGGAAGAGAUGUAUAUAUUGCGCACGCAAUUGAAUAUGCGCUAUAAAUGUAUCUGCCGAAAUGCAUUUAUGGGAGUUCGGUGUGACCGGUAUCGGGAUGCAUGUGUUGAGGUGAGUGGAAUGUAUUGGACAUUGGUAUUGAUGAGCAUACGAUCGGCAAAUUACCGAACUGCACAAGAAUACGCAGUGCAAGCGAAGAAUACUCGUUGUGGUGAAAGACAUCGUUUGAAUUUAACAGAUGGCACAUUGAUCCUCUCUUCAAAAAUAGCAGAUCAAUAA